AUGGAGUUCUGUCCUUCAUGUGGGAACAUGCUGCGUUACGAUCGUUCGAGAUUCUUCUGCUCGACAUGUCCCUACAUCGCCUCCAUCGACAGACAGGUGGAGAUAAAGAAGAAGCAAUUGCUGGUUAAGAAAUCCAUAGAAGCUGUGGUGACGGAAAAGGAUAUACCGAAAGGACCCGAAACUGAAACUCCAUGUCCAAGAUGCGGCCACAACAAGGCAUACUUCAAAUCAAUGCAGAUUCGUUCAGCUGAUGAGCCGGAAUCAAGAUUUUAUAAAUGCUUGAAGUGCGAGCUUAUUUGGCGCGAAGAAUGA